UCACCGCCUGCGCCUAGGGCGGCAGAAACAGGAAGUGAGACCAAAACAAAGGAGCGGCGGCGGGGAACGGUCUCUGUUUUUCUGCUUCCUCCGGCCUCCUCCUCGACCGUGGCCGCCGACCCUCCGAAGCCGUCCGAACAUGUCCAACAUGGAGAAACACCUGUUCAACUUAAAGUUCGCGGCCAAAGAACUGGGUAGGAGUGCCAAAAAAUGCGACAAGGAGGAAAAGGCCGAAAAGGCCAAGAUUAAAAAGGCCAUUCAGAAGGGCAAUAUGGAAGUUGCGAGGAUUCACGCCGAGAACGCGAUUCGCCAGAAGAACCAGGCGGUGAAUUUCUUGAGGAUGAGCGCGCGGGUGGACGCAGUGGCCGCCAGGGUCCAGACGGCCGUGACGAUGGGCAAGGUGACCAAGUCGAUGGCCGGAGUGGUUAAGUCGAUGGACGCGACGUUGAAGACCAUGAACCUCGAGAAGAUCUCCGCCCUGAUGGACAAGUUCGAGCACCAGUUCGAGACGCUGGACGUUCAGACGCAGCAGAUGGAGGAUACGAUGAGCAGCACGACGACGCUGACCACUCCCCAAGGCCAGGUGGACAUGCUGCUGCAGGAAAUGGCAGACGAGGCCGGCCUCGACCUCAACAUGGAGCUGCCGCAGGGCCAGACCGGCUCCGUGGGCACAAGCGUGGCCUCGGCCGAGCAGGACGAACUGUCCCAGAGGUUGGCCCGCCUGCGGGACCAGGUGUGACCGUGGGACCGCUCAGAGGCGAGCCGGCCGCAAGCGCCCUUCCGAAGACGGAUACUCUACACUAGAACCUCGGAACCGGCUAGAAUGCUGAACUGCUCUUACUCAAGAUGCUUCUCCCUUCGGGUUUACAGUGCUCUCCAGACACACGAAGAAUUCCCAGGCCUUCUCGUAACUCUUAACUGGAUUUGAAAGUUCUGUAUGGCUUGUGAUCAAGUGUAUCUAGUUAAUUCGACUUGUAUGAAUCUUUCUCAAAAAUUUGGUCAAAACUCUAGUUCCCUUGUAUUCAGUUUUCUGCCCGAAUUAUCAAAGUUGACAGUUUUCUUUUUAUUUUGUGUAGUUGAUAAUAUCUGGAGUUGAGGAGUGGUGAUUACUUAGGUCGAUUGCAGGGCUAUCUACUCUUCAUUCGGCGACUUAUUUCAUGGGCAGCGCCAUUCUGUGUAUCCUUUGUUUGUUGCCGUCAAAUGCAGUCUACAGCUGACUAUUAAUCUGUUCUCAUAACUUACACUGAAAUUACUUUAGUACCUUCUCGUGUAAUACUCUUUUACUUUUUAUGGCCUAUAAAUUUCUUGUGGUAGUUGCCUUUCUAUAACUGGAAGAAAAUGCUACCUAACUUCCACAUAACAUAAGAGAAAAUCAUUUGUUUAUGGUUUUAAGAUUUACAAGGCUUAAUGUGUGAUGGGUAUUUCCAAGUGAAUUUCUCUCACACAUUUCUGGUUAUUUUCCUAUUUCAUUAGACUGUGAUUAGAUUUAUUUUAAAAUAUACCAGUUAGCAUGACAGUCACAUUUCUCUAAUGUUGCCAAAGAACUGUUGAUGGGUUUGAGAAGCCCUGGGACUGUGUGUGAGAGCGAGUUUUGUUUAGAUUUUAAUCAAAACUAGAAAUAAAAUUUUAGGUUCUAGUUACUCGCAUUUAUUAUCUUGUCUUAAAGCGACAACUCUUUAAAAUCUUGGGAGUACUGAUACAAGCUGGGAUAUUUGGUUUAGCCUUUCAAAUCCAUGACAUUCUCAUGCAGCGUCUGGAAGUGUGGGAAGGACAGGUGCAGACUUGACCCUCUCAGUCCAGAGCCCAGCUGUGCUGCCUUCCGUCUUUCUGGAACGGUGGUGUGCAAAGUAAAAGUGAAAAUGUAGAGCCUGUAGCCACCACUUUCUCUGAUCCUUGAACAAAGAGAGCAGUGACUUGCUUUUGCCUCAGCAAGCAUAUUAAUCUAAGUUAAAUACUUAAGGAUAUUUUUAAUUCCCCCUUCCCUUCACUGGAAGAUUUCUCCAUGAGACAAUUCCAGUAUUUCAGGAAAUAAUUCAGAGGACUCUUCCAAGCCCUUCGGAUGGUUGAGAACCAAGUGUUCACCACUAUAACAUGUCCUCCUGUAUGAAUGUGUGUGUUUAAGCAGGGGGAAAAAUGCAGAGGUGUGUGCAGAUGAGAACUGACCCUCAUAUUUAAGUGUCAUUAAGUCUGACUGGCUAUUGUUCCAGAGUCUUCUAUGAGCAACACCUGCCAGUCGUCUCCCCACAUCCUCUGUCUAGAACCUGUCCCUUUAGGUGUCUCCUCCCAUCUGCAUGUUGCACAGAAGCAGCUGUAUGUGAGCACAUAAUGAGCCCUAACCCUCCUCAGACUGAAAAAAUUAUUACAGCUUAAAAAUAGCUUGGUGUUGAUCCUUUGGUAUGUUUAGGACCCUUUUAUAAUGCAGAUAUUCCCAACAAAAUUAAUAUAUUUUGUGAGAUUAAACAGUGCUUAUAUAUGCUUGGCCUUUCUUAAAAUAUGUUCAUUUCAAACUACAUGAAUGUACAUUUUUAUAAAACAUACAUAUUUUCAAAAGCAUAUCAGGCCCACGAAUUAUUUCCUCACUUUUGCAGUUGAUGAAAUGCUGGAAUAUGAACCACAGAAGUUUGUCAAAUAAAUCAUUUUAACUUGCAUGUUAUUGCACAUGAGUGUACAUGCUGUUUACAAAACUAUUUAAGGAAAAAUGAUUCGGAGGUUGAUUUGGUUCAGAAAACAUAGUAUUUUUAUGGACUCAGUUUUAGCACCUGAAUUUCUGUUUGCAUGCCCAUUUCUAGAAGCCCAGGUCGUUAACUUCUUUGCUGUAAUAGUUUCUUCAAGGCAACAAGAUUCCUCCUUACUGAAACUGCCCCAGGCUAAGCCCAGCUCAAACACAACCAAGGAAAUGGUUCCUCUUCCAUAUAACCACUAGUACAAUUUCUCCUCUUAUUUCGCCUUUGUAUUUUUCUGCCUUCAAAUGCAGUUUCCAGAUGGGUUUAGAAUAAACUUUUAAGUUCACUUUA